AUGAGAAACCAUUUUGUUUUGAAUUUGCUCAACAAGGGAGCAACGUCUAAGCUUCCAGAAAAUGUAAUCAUCAACAUACUUGUGAGGUUACCGGCAAAGUCAACAUUACGAUUCAGGUGCGUAUGCAAGCAAUGGCUUAAGUUAACUAGUGAUCAUGAUUUUAUUAAACUGCACUUCGAAAUUGCUACUGAAAAUGGAAACUUAAGACUCAUGGUUGGUAGAGAAAACAUGUAUUCUACAAAUUUAGGUUCAAUAUUUCAUAAUGUAAAUCGUUCAAAAAAAAUAUUCCAUAAGGAAGUUCUGGAGAUCGAUUACCCGUUCAAAGCUAGACGUUGGGGGAUGUCUGUAGUGGGUUCUUGCAACGGGUUGCUUUGCGUAGCUAAUCUUGCACAGCAGAUUUGCAUUUGGAACCCGUUAACAAACAUGUACAAAGUAGUAUCAUCAUUGUCUCUUGACGUACUGGGUUGUCAUGGUAACAUUCUUGGAUUCAAAUAUGGAUUUUGCUAUGAUUCUCAUGCCGAGGAGUACAAAGUUGUAAGAAUUAUUGAUCUCGAAUAUGAUUUUUCUGUAAUUGAGGUCUAUGUAGAGGGAUCGAAUACAUUUGAAGCGUAUACACGCAUACCUUUUAGCUUUACUUUUGGAGAUGUAUUCGGGGUGCUUGUAAAUGGAAAUCUUCAUUGGAUAGGAAAUCAUCGUUCUGGAUCAGGGAGCCUUAUACUUGCAUUCCGUAUUAGAGAUGAAUCAUUUGCGGAGCUGCCACUGCCAGAAAAUGUGAAAGAUCUGUCGCGGGUUUCGAUUGGUGUAUUGGGUGGGGAUCUUUGCUUAACGGACUAUCGUCCUCAUACGUUCAGUAUUGAUGUAUGGGUAUUGAAGGUAAGCGUACGUGGAGAAACCAGUUCUUGGAGUGUAUCCCUAACGAUUCACUUACCAUUUACUACGGCAUCGCUAUCAUUGGUCGGUGUGAAGCUGCUACAUUCCUUCAAGAAUGGCGAAAUUUUGCUCAGGAGGGAUGCGAAUACCUUGCUACUAUAUCACCCGACGGACGUCGAGCCUAGAAUUGUAAAGAUCCGUGGCAUUCCUGAUGCGUAA